UCUUUUUUUUUUUUUUUUUUUUUUUUUUAACUAAAUUAGUAUAGAGGGAACCCUUUAAACCGGCCCCCUUUCAAUUGCAAAAAAUCGGCAGUGAAGAGUGAAACAAGAAACAGAGAAGAAAUCUACUAGAUGCCGAUGGACUUCUUCACUCCCCUUCUCACCUCCUUCAUUCCAUCAUGUAAUUCUGUGUAUUUGUUACUGGGAUUCUUGAGUUAUUUGGGGAUUUCUGGAUCUGUUUUGCCUGGGAAUGUUGUUGCUGGUGCGAGUUUAGCUGAUGGAACUAGACUUCAUUAUCGUUGUAAUGGACUGAUAUCACUUCUUUUGCUGGUUGGACUGCUUUUGGUUGGAGCUUGGAUGGAUCUUGUGUCACUUACCGCAAUUUCAGACCGAGGGCUUGAGCUUUUAUCUACGACUUUUAUCUUCAGUGUUAUUGUUACAUUGUUACUUUAUGUGGCUGGCUGUAAAUCUAAAGACCGGAGUGCAUCUUUGAAGCCUCACGUCACUGGAAACAUAAUUGAUGACUUGUGGUUUGGGAUACAGCUAAAUCCUAACUUCUUGGGCGUUGACCUCAAAUUUUUCUUCGUGAGAGCUGGAAUGAUGGGAUGGCUUCUUAUCAAUCUUUCCGUGCUUGCAAAAUCUAUCCAAGAUGCUAACUUGAGCCGAUCAAUGAUCCUCUACCAGCUGUUUUGUGUGAUCUACAUUAUGGAUUACUUCUUCUACGAGGAAUACAUGACAUCUACAUGGGAUAUAAUUGCAGAGAGAUUAGGGUUCAUGCUAGUAUUUGGAGAUUUGGUGUGGAUUCCCUUCACAUUUAGCAUUCAGGGCUGGUGGCUUUUGAGUAACAAUGUGGACUUACCAACAGCCGCAAUCGUUGCAAAUUGCUUUGUAUUUCUGAUAGGGUAUCUUGUCUUUAGAGGUGCUAACAAGCAAAAACAUGAUUUUAAGAAAAAUCCCAAAGCCCUAAUUUGGGGUCAACCACCGAAAGUUAUCGCAGGAAAAUUACUUGUUUCUGGUUAUUGGGGUAUAGCAAGGCACUGUAAUUACCUUGGCGAUUUGUUACUGGCACUAUCCUUCAGCUUACCAUGCGGAAUAAGCUCUCCGGUUCCAUAUUUUUAUCCGACAUAUCUUCUGAUUCUGCUGAUAUGGCGCGAGAGAAGAGACGAAGCUCGAUGUGCAGAGAAAUAUAAAGACGUUUGGGUGAAAUACCGGCAGGCUGUCCCAUGGAGGAUUCUGCCAUACGUUUACUAAUUGUAUGUUGUUUGUUAUUUAGUUUUGGGAUAUUAGAAUUAAGGUGUGCAGCCAUUUUCAUUUUCAUUUUCAUUUGAUUAAAACUAGCAGUGUUCUUGCAGCCUGCAGGAGGAAAAACUGUGGGCUAACUGUUAUGCAACAAUAUUAUUUAAGAGUUAUAAAUGAUUGUUAGAUGGCUUGUAUUACGCCUGAACAA